CGCCUAAUACAAAGCUCUACAUCAUGAGAUCAGAGUACUGCUGCCUACCCUUGCUUCAUCCAACGAAGGGACAGAAAAUAGGAAAUAGUUUAAACCCUCGGCAGAUGGUCACAUUUCUCAUAAAGAAGCUUCUACCAGAGCCUUUCAGAAAAAAUGUACAAAAAACAAACAUCCCCCCAGAUUUCUUUGAGGCAUUCAGAACAUUUCUUAACGUGAGACUCCCGCUAGAGCAUAAAGAGGAUGAUGCUUCAAUAAGACUCUACAUUUACGAUGCGUGCAGACUUAAGAAAAGGAACAGGCGCAAGGAAGCAGAAGCUCGCGAGGAAAAGAUCAAAAAUGGAAUCCCAAUAAAGAAACGUAAAGGCAGAGAGUCAACAACUUAAGAUAAGAGAAAAUAGAAAGUUACAAGGUACAAUUGUUGAUGGUACCUUUUAGUAGCAUUUCAAUGUGAUUGACAUACAAAAAGAAUUGCUACA